UCUUGUUGAGUGUUUUGGCAACCAUGUCAUCAGGAACAUGGGAUCUUUGUCUGGUUUUAGGAUCAAGUGUGAAGAGUUUCCAAUCCUGAGGAAGCCAGAAAGAAUGGGUUCUGAGUGGGUUCCAUGGAUGCUGGCUCUGUUAGUGAAUGUAAUUGGAUUGGAUUCUUCCAUGACUCAAGGCAGAGACUCUCCAGAAGAUUUUGUGAUUCAGGCAAAGGCUGACUGUUACUUCAUCAAUGGAACAGAGAAGGUGCAGUUUGUGGUGAGAUUCAUUUUUAACCUGGAGGAGUAUGCACGUUUUGACAGCCACGUGGGAAUGUUUGUGGCAUUGACAGAGCUGGGGAAGCCUGAUGCUGAGCUCUGGAACAGUCAGCCGGGUAUAUUGGAGAGGAGUAGAGCUUCUGUGGAUUUACUCUGCAGGCAUAACUACGAGCUCGGUGCACCCUUCACUGUGGGGAGAAAAGUACAACCAGAGGUGACAGUGUAUCCAGAGAGGACCCCGUCCCUGCAGCACCACAAUCUGCUGCUCUGCUCUGUGACAGGUUUCUAUCCAGGAGACAUCAAGAUCAAGUGGUUCCGGAAUGGGCAGGAGGAGAGAGUUGGGGUCAUGUCCACUGGCCUUAUCAGGAAUGGAGACUGGACCUUUCAGACAAUGGUGAUGCUGGAAAUGACUCCUGAACUUGGAGAUGUCUACACCUGCCUUGUUAAUCAUCCCAGCUUGCUGAGCCCUGUUUCUGUGGAGUGGAGAGCUCAGUCCACAUAUUCUUGGAGAAAGAUGCUCAGUGGAAUUGCAGCCUUCCUGCUUGGGUUGAUCUUCCUUCUGGUGGGGACUGUCAUCUGCCUGAGGGCUCAGAAAGGAUAUGUGGAGACUCAGUUUUCUGGUGAUGAGAUCUCAAGAGCAGUUCCUUCACCAUAGCCAUGCUAGGUUGCCAACCAAAGCUUCCUGCCCCGGAGCCUGAAGUAGUACUGAGAGGCUUGAGCCCUGGACUACAUAAGGGGCACUCAUGAGGUCAAGGUUCUGGAGCAGCUUGCACGAGGCCUUGGAGAGUCCUGACCAGAUUCUGGAGUUCUGUGUUCUGAGAUUAUGCUUCUCUCACUCUUCUGUCCUUCUUCCUCUUACUGUGUCAUUAAUAUCUGUUUCCAAGGACAGCAUGCAGAAAUUCCCCCCAGAGCUGGCUCCUGAGAGCCCCAAACUGCAUAGUUCCUGUGGUCCAGCCCUAACCCUGUGAGUUAUCUUCACGUCUUCCUCUUUCCACUCUCUCCAGAAGACAAAUGCUCAGAGGCACUGUUUCCUAUUGACUGUUUUUUUUUAAAUGACUUUUUUUUUAUUGUUAAUAAAACCGAAAUGAAGAUAAACACACAAAAUGUAGAAUUUAAUGAAUUAUUGAAGGGAAAAACCCUGAAAUCACCACUCAGAUCAAGAAAUAGAACUUACCAGCCCUGCAAGAGUCUGCAUGUGCCUCAGACCCAUCAAACCCCUCUCCCUCCUCUCAAAAGCAAUCCUAUUCUGACUGUCAGACUAACCACUUAUAUUUUUUUAUUCCCUAUUCACUCAGGUAUGAAUUCAUGAUAGCAUAGCUUAGUUGUCUUUUAUGUUUCAUACUUUACAGGUUUCUCCUGCAUCCCUUUCCGCCCGGGAUGAUUAAUAUUUUGAAAAGCCUGGAGCAUUUGACCUGCAGAGUUUCCCACAGUCUGGAUUUUACCAAUUGCAUGUACCUGGUGCAGUUUAGCAUGUCCUUCCAUUCUCUGCAUUUUCUGCAAGUUGGCAACUGGAUGCAGAGGCUGGAUAGAAUUAGAUUUAAUCUCUUUGGCAAGUCUGCAGGUGGCAGUGUGUUUUUUCAUCAUGAGGUGCACACUGUCCAGUUGUGUCUUUUUUUAUGCUACCAUCACUGUUAGUGCUCCUUGCCUAGACGCUUUCCUUCACUGGGGUCUGCAGAAUGAGGAUAUCCUCAUUCUGUCAUUCCUUCUUCAUUUGUAUGCUUUAUUGCUUCUGUAAGGAGACACUUCCCUUCAUUUACUGGUGGGUUGCCCAGUGAUACGGUGGAAAGAAAAGAUCAGUGUUUAACUUUUUCCCUUUAUUCAUUUUCAAGUUAAUGAAUUUGGUUCCUACUGUUAUCCUAAGGCGAGCAGCUAGGUUUUACUUUUUAUUUUUAUUUUUUGUAUCGUUAUAAAUUCAAAGAUUUGAAUGUAUUUGAUGGCUUUUAGCUCAUGGUAGUUUUUAGCAAUGAGUUUAAUAGUAUCAUCUUAGGUGCACGGAAACUUCUUCAAGUGGCUCCCAAGUCCUUUUGACACAAAUCUUUGGUAGUUUCUUUGUUUUCUGUUAUAUGACAAGAUGUUCCAGGUUUAUUCUGUGUGUUUCCUGCCCAGAACUGCAAUCAGCCAUUGUUUUAGAAAGCCCUGGCUUAUUUUAAUAGGAAAUGUCACUAAAACCAUAAAGACAUCACUAUAUCAAGUCUUUCUGGUGGAAAUAUAAAUG